AUGACGGCGCCGGCUGAUGAGGCGGUUCCGCCCGCCCCGGUGCCCGGCGCUCCCGCGCUGUCUCUACCGCCGGGAGGGCGGUGUGGGGUGGCCCCCGGGACAGCCGCGCUCUCAGUCCGCGGGGUCGAGAGUAACSGUUUCAAGAUGUCAGGUGGUCCAAGAAUCUCAUUCAACGCAGCUGAAUCUGCUCUUUCUUCUCUGAAAAACUGCCAGUCCUUCAUCAACUCUGGAAUGGAUAUGGCUACUCAGGUUGCCCUUGACCUUGUGGAAAGUUUCAAUGAUGAGGAAGAUAUUAAAAAGAUGGAAAAUGUCAUGUUAGAAUAUGCUAAAAUGGACAGAGAACUUAAUCAUCAUAUAAAAGCAUUUGAAGAAACCAUAAAUCAGGUGAAACGAGAAAAACCAGAAAAUUUACCAGAUUUAGAAAUGUUAGCACAAGAAAAAUUCCUUGAAUUGGAGAGCAGCAACAGUGAAUCAGAUUUACAAAGGAAUGAAAAAUAUAUAUACUUUCAGGAUCAACUUAAGGAGAUGAAAAAACAAUAUCGUGGUAGUGACACCAUUGAACUAAUCGAUGAAGAUAUAGCUGUGACUCGGAGCCAGAUGAACUUUAUUUGUCCCAUUACACAGGUGAAAAUGAAGAAGCCAGUGCGAAACAAAGUCUGUGGACAUAGUUAUGAAGAAGAAGCCAUUCUAGAAAUUAUCCAGACUCAAAAGCAGAAAAAGAAAAAAGUCCGAUGCCCUAAAAUGGGCUGUAGCCAUGUUGAUGUACAAGGAUCAGAUCUUGUGCCAGAUGAAGCACUUAAAAGAAUGAUUGACAGUCAGAAUAAACAAAGCUGGUCAACACUGGACAUGUGAGCUGGAUAUGCUACUGCCACAAAGAAAAUUUGUURUGAGAGGUUUUGUGAGAUAAGUUGCUGAUUCUACAGAGGUUGUGUAACUAAUUGUUAUUUGUUAAAUGUUAAAUGUUUCAUUUACAGGUAAAUCAUUGUUAAAUGUUUCAUUAAUAAGCAAAGUUGAAGGUCUGUGCUGUAACUGAAAGCAUUUUUUGAACUCAGGAAUAUAAGGAAUUUAAUUUGUUUAACUUGUUUGGGUUUUUUCUACCUUCCUCAAUUUCUAAAAGCUGGCAUUUGGUAAAUAAAGCAUGUUUUGCAGCAUUUGAACUUGUCAGCAUGUUAGUUUCCUCAGCCUAUUAGAGAUGCAGAUUCUGCCAGCAUGUAAUAGUGAGUGCUUUGCUCUAUAUUGCAGAUAGUUCUSUUACUGUCUCUGUAACCACUGGAAUACGUGGAGUAGGGCACUGUGAUCAAGCAUUUUCAGUGCUUAGGACCAUUCCCAUGUUUUAACACAAAACUCUGAGAUGAAUUUUCAGGAAGUGUUGCACACUCAUACCUUGUUUGUGGAAACAGAAAACAACCACUCAGCUUUSAGGAUCUUGGCCUUGUUCUUGUAAUUUUUGAACUUUCUGUCCUAACCUAGGCUUUUGUUUUGAAAUUCAGAAGUGUUUAAUUCAAGCUUUUUGUGCCUGGGAGUCUCAGAAGGCUUUCCCUUAAUACGGUAGUCUAGAAGACUACAAUUAUUUACAGAGGUAUUACAAUAAAUAAAUUGUAGAUAGUACAGAUAUUCUAACAAUAUACCUUGGAUUCGAAAAGCAGUUAAUCUCAUUUUAUAUAAGCUUCAGAUAUCUGUGCUUUUGGGC